AUGAUGAAAAAAGUGACGUGGGAUCAAGGGGCUAUAGCAGCAAGGGUUAUAAGGGCGAAAAUCUGCGCUACUUACUACACACAAGAUCCACAAUGCAACAAUAUUCCGACGACGAAGACCCCUUACAGGAGCGACAACCCACAAUGGGGUGAAGACCCUGCUGGAGAGGAAGAUCCUUAUGAUAGCGAAGACGCUCAUCAAGGGACGACACCUUACGGCGGGGGUGAUAACCCUGAUAGCGGGGAUGAAGAAUAUUACGGCGGUGAAAGCCCUUAUGGGAGUGAUGACCCUGCUGGAGGGGAAGAUCCCUAUGAUAGCGAAGUUGCUCACGAAGGUGAAGACACUUACGGUGGGGGUGAAGACCCUGACAGCGAGGGUGAAGACCCUGACAGCGGGGGCGAAAACCCUGACAGUGGGGAUGAAGGCCUUUACAGCGGGGAUGAAGACCCUGACAGCAGGAGCGAUAACUCUGACAGCGGGGGCGAAAACCUUGACAGCGGGGGUGAGGACCUUUACAGUGGUGAAGACCCUGAUGGCGGGGGCGAAAACCCUGACAGCGGUGAUGAAGGCCUUUACAGCAGGGGUGAAGACCCUGACAGCAGAAGCGAAAACCCUGACAGCGCGGGGAUGAAGACCCUGAUAGCAGGAGCGAAAACCGUGACAGUGGGGGUGAAGACCUUGACAGUGGGGGGCGAAAACCUUGACAGCGGGGGUGAAGACCUUUACAGCGGGGGUGAAGACUCUGACGGCGGGAGCGAAAGCCCUGACAGCGGGGGUGAAGACCUUUACAGUGGUGAAGACCCUUAUGGGGGCGAAGGCCCUGAAGUUUCAGACACUGAUAAAGACGAGGACAAUGAAGACAAUGACGAAGAAAACGAAGACGAUGAUGAUGAAGACGAUAAAGAUGAUGCCGAAAAUGCUGACGAAGACGAAGUCAUUGAUGUCGACGUUGACAAUGAAGAUGAAAACGAAGGUGAAGACGAAGAUGAAGACGACAAAGAUGAAGUCGAUGAAGUCGAAGAUGAAGUCGACGAAGAUGAAGGCGAAGACAUUGAAGUUGAUGAUGACGAUGAAGAUGAAGUCGAUGAAGUUGAAGUUGAUGAAGACGAAGGCGAAGAUGUUGAAGUUGACGAUGACGAUGAAGACGAAGACAAUGAAGAUGAAGGCAAAGGCGAACUUGAAGAUGUUGACGUUGACGUUGAAGAUGAAGAUGCUGACGAACCUAUGAAAGCCUUCAAGUUGGACGUCAACGAAGGCUCUGGCGGUGCUGGUGACUUUGGCAGUGACGAUAACUCUAGAAACAACUCUCUGAGCUUCAGCUCCAGGUCUAACGGACAACCAUCAUAUAAUAUAUUCACGAACGUCAUAAAUGUGCAUACUACUGAAGUGCAUACCGAAGUGCAUACUACUGAAGUCCUGCUGACGCAAGGGAACGAUCGCGAAGAUGGCAAUAAUGACGACCCCUAUUACAUACACCAAACACCAAACCGACAGCCCAACGAAGAUGUCAACAACAACGAUUCACACCCCAGACGCCAACCACCGAACCGCCCAGGACCCAAUGAUCUUCCUCUUGAACGACCCGAUGAUCCUCCUCCUAGGCGUAAAAUGCCUAGUGGCCCGCGGCCAAAGAAAGAUGACAACAAUAAUAUUGAUCCCCGUCCACGCCACCCGCCAAACACCCCACAGCCCAAGAAAGUUGGCAAUAACCGUGAUGCCCAUGCUGGGCCUCGCCCAGGGCCCAAUGAUCCUCCUCCUGGACAUCAACUACCAAAACGCCCACGGCCCAAGAAAGAUGGCAAAAAUAAUAAUCCCCGUCUGCCAUCAAAACCCCCACAGCCCAAGAAAGUCGGUAACAACCAUGAUGCCCAUCCUGGGCCUCACCUAGGGCACAACGAUCCUCUUCCUGAACAUCAACUACCAAACUGCCCGUGGCCCAAGAAAGAUGGCAAAGAUAAUAAUCUCCGUCUGCCCCAAAACCCCCCACAGCCCAAGAAAAGUGGUAACAACCAUGAUGCCCAUCCUGGGCCUCGCCUAGGACACGACGAUUCUCCUCCUGGACAUCAACUACUGAACCACCCACGGCCCAAGAAAGAUGGCAAAGAUAAUAAUCCCCGUCUGCCCCCAAACCCCCCACAGCCCAAGAAAGGUGGUAACAACCAUGAUGCCCAUCCUGGGACUCACCUAGGACCCAACAAUCCUCCUGGACAUCAACUACCAAACCGCCCGCGGCCCAAGAAAGAUGUCAAUAAUAAUAAUCCCCGUCCGCCCCAACCGCCAAACCCCCUACAGCCCCAGAAACCUAGGACCCAACGAUCCUCCUUCCGGACAUCAACUACCAAACCGCCCACGGCCCAAGAAGGAUGGCAACAAUAA